UUUGAUUUCCGCCUAAGAAGAAGGGAAAAAAAAAAAAAAAAGAGCAAGAAGAGAAAGUGCGAGAAAACUCCCAAGAAACUGCGAGAAAAUUAACAGGAAAAAAAAUUCUGGUCUUUGCUUUUUACGGAAUAGUUGAUUGAGGUUGAGGAAGGUGGUAUGAUUGUGAGAGAAGAUGGGAGCUGAAGCAGAAGUUGUGUGCCAGCAGAGCUUGGAGGUCCAGUUCUUCCCUAAAGCCGCCGAUGUUCUUGAGGUCAUUCAAAAAGAUGUCGUUUCCGUUUCACCGACAAAUUUUGAUAAAUUUCAGCCUCCGGAUUUGGUCUCCGUUGAUUUAUCAAGCUCUGAUCAACUGAAUGUUAAUCCCGUGGAGAAAAAUCUAGAUGUGGCUCUUGAGUCGGAUGCGAUGCAAUUUGUGCCCUGCAUCCGUUCUGGUAGCUUUGCUGACAUUGGACCCAGAAGAUACAUGGAAGAUGAGCAUAUACGCAUAGAUGAUCUUUCCUCACAUUUGGGAUCUCUCUUUCAGUUUCCGCAGCCGAGUGCUUUCUAUGGGGUAUUUGAUGGUCAUGGAGGUCCUGAAGCUGCAGCCUUUAUCAAGAAAAAUGCGAUGAGGCUCUUUUUCGAAGAUGUCAAAGUCCACCAGACGUCUGAAGUCGAUGAUAUUUUCUCAGAAGAGCUGGAGAACUCACUGCGCAAAGCAUUUCAGCUUGCUGACCUUGCUUUGGCUGAUGACUGCAGUGUGAACAGUUCUUCUGGGACGACGGCACUAACUGCUCUUAUAUUUGGAAGGCUGCUUAUGGUAGCCAAUGCAGGUGACUGUCGAGCGGUUCUCUGCAGAAAAGGGGAGGCAAUUGACAUGUCACAAGAUCACAGGCCAAUUCAUCCCCCAGAAAGGAGACGGGUUGAAGAAUUGGGUGGCUACAUCGAUGACGGGUAUCUGAAUGGCGUGUUGUCAGUUUCCCGUGCCUUGGGCGACUGGGAUAUGAAGUUGCCUCGUGGUUCUCCUUCCCCUCUUAUUGCAGAGCCAGAGUUUCGACAGAUGGUUCUAACGGAGGAUGAUGAGUUCCUGAUCAUGGGGUGUGAUGGCAUUUGGGAUGUGAUGUCAAGUCAGCAUGCGGUAAGCCUUGUUAGACGUGGACUGCGGCGGCAUGAUGACCCUGAGCAGUGUGCGAGGGACCUUGUCAUGGAGGCUUUGCGCCUCAACACAUUUGACAAUCUCACUGUGAUUAUUGUAUGCUUCUCUCCUCUUGAUCACCAGGAGCAGUCACCACGUCAGCAGCGGAGCAUACGAUGCUGCAGCCUCUCUGCGGAGGCCUUCUGUAGCCUGAGGAGCCUCUUGGAAGGCAGCAACAUCCGUUGAGUGUAUAUGUACUUUCCUUUUCUGAAUGAGACUUUCUUCGUUAGGAUUAUUAUGUAUGCUGUUUUUUAGGCUGCUUACUUACAUAUGAGAGAAAAAGCAGCUGCCAGUUUUGUAGGUGGUGAUUCAGGAUUUGAUGUAAAUAGCCAGCGGCAUGUGAAGUUUGGUGGUGUAAAGAUACAUCUGUUAAUACAUGUAUUCGAUUCUUUUGUGUGUAUCUUAUGUUGUACAUAUCCAAAUAAUGAGAAAUAUUCCUUCCUAUA